AUGAGUUCGUACUUCCGGGACAACUCUCUCGCUUCUUUACGGUGCGGUACAAAUAGGUUUGUGUUCGUUACUUCUGCCUUUUACGUUCACGACCUCAAAGUCAAAGGUACUCAAAGUACCGCCAUCACUUCCGAGGUUAAGAAAGAGUGUGACUAUGGAGAGGCUUGCACUUUCAUCCCUAAGCUUUUGCCUGGCUUAAAAAAGUCUUACAAGGACUCUUUCUUCUACAUAACUUUCAUGUGUUUCUUAGAAAAGGACGCCUGUCUCACUAUGGACUGUCCUCCUAACUCAAACUGUGUUAUUGAAGGCCCUUUGCCUCCGGUUUGUGUUUGUCAAGACGGAUACACCAUGAAAAAAGGCGUUUGCGUCCCUUACCAACCCAUAAGGAGUGUUAGAAUCAGUGAGCGUCCUCCCUGGUCAGGCUGGAAGCCCGGCAUCAGUGGCCAGCUGGGUCCUUUGGAGCUUCGUCACUCGGGUCCUCCUCAAGAUCUUCACCUUUUUAUCAGUCCCAAAGACCCUUGGGAAGCUUCACGGCGUAGGUUCACUCACUCGGACUCUACGACAGCUGUGUAUGGGUCUCGCCGGAGGAACAGUUUAUCUGAGACUGAUGACCGUCCUCAGGAUGAUACUAACGUUCAUACCAAAACCGACCUUGACUCUCUCCCUCCUGAGGAAGAACACUCAGAUCUAGACUCGGGUGCACAGGACCAUUCACUUCAAUCCGAGAAUGAAUCCGCACCUACUGAAGACAAAGAUGGUGGUAGUGAAACUGACUCUGUUUCUGAUGAGGACGAAGAUGAAGACGAAGACUCUUCUUCUGAUGACCAAGACUCUUCUUCUGAAGACGAGGACGAUCAGGACGAUCAAGGCUCUGAGAGUGCGGGUGAGCAGGACGAGCAGGUCCCUGCGAGUGAGAAUGGUUCAUCGGAUGAAACUGGUGCGGGCGGCGACCGCCAGGACGAUCAAAUUUCUGAGGCUGAGGAUAGCGAAAGCGGUGAGGACGAAGACGACGAAAAUGAGGAGGGCUCUGAGGCGGAGGCUCCUGAGGAUGUCCCCAAAGCAUCCGAGGACCCGGCGUCUCAGGGCGACGAUUCUCAGCAGAGUCCUGGGGACGAAACCCACUCCACUGGAGACCCUGAACUCUACCACAGCUCCGGUCAUCCCGGUGGCGACCCCGAGCCUGACGAGGAGCCAGAAGUUCAUCCGGAGGAUUUAGAAUCCGAUAAACUGGAGGAUUUAAAUGAGCCUGAGACUGGAGCUGUUAAGGAACAUCACAAUGACCCUGCACACGGGCCUGAAACUGCCGCCUCAUCCGAAGACGCUGGCGACGACGAGUACGAGGACGAACUCGAGGGAGCUCAGUACUUUUCUGACGGCGCAGAACCCGUUGUCUCGCAAAUGACCCAUGACGACACCACUAGUCACUCCAUUGCCACUCUCAGGACUGCUUGCAAGUUUACUGACGGGUACCUAGCUAUUUUUUCACGUACUUUCAGGCGCGUCAUCGUUUUCGACAAACUCUGCGACUACCGAUCCUGUAGCUACCGUUAUAAAGUAUGUUCAUAA